AUGAAGGGAUUCUUCUAUUUGACACUCGUAUUCAUUGUUGAUUGUGCAACAACCGGCAAAAAAGUUAAAGUACCGGAUUCCGAUCCAACACUUCAAGUAAGUUGUACCUUCCCUAAUCAUUUUUCUCGAAGAUUUAAAAUGUUAUCAUCGAUUUCACAGCAUGCCCAAAACUUAUGCGAAAGUUUCUUAUGUAGCGCCAUCAUAGAGGUCCACCUCCUCUUUACACACUCGAGCCCAACCAUAAUUUUAAGCUCAGAUACAGCGUAA